AUGCCAGAAAAUGGUAGUGACAGGCCGAGAAUCUCAUUUUCUAACGAUUUUUGUCAUUCUGAUUCCAUACCAAUCGAGCAGCGUCCGGUACAAAAUCCGUUGGACUUCUCCAACUUUUACUGGGGCUUCCCUUUCGAGUUUUCGGUUUCUCGCGACGUAAUCUCCGGCGAGAGCUCGUGGUCCGCCGAAGACUUCUUUAACGAAGGGAAAAUCCUCCCUACAGAAAUGAAAAAGAUCCCGGAGCCAAUAUAUCGUAGUAAAUCCGAUAAAUAUAAAACCGGUUUACCUAGACCGGAUAUUAACCCAAUCGAAGAUUUUGAAAUAGAAGAAAUCGGAGACCAAGAAGACGAGGUGAAGUUGCCAUUACUUGGGUGUAACUCUAUGAAGCGUCAGGUUUCGUCUUCGUCUUCUUCUUUACACAGUAGUUUUAUAAAACGGGUACUGAAGAAGAACCACAUGCAUGUUGGAGGUUACAGUUACAAAGGCAAUGGAGGUGUGGUUAGGGUGAGUUCGUUUCUGGACAUGGUUCCUUCAGGGAAUUUGUUUGGGUUAGGUUCGAUAAAUAUUGAUGGUGGAAGAAACAAGAACAAGUUGACAUCAUUGUUCUUUUCUUAG